AUGGCUGCUCGAACUCGAUCUCCGGUGGAAGAUCCGGUGAGUUCAUUUUUUCACCAUCCUUCCGAUGGUCCGGUAUUGGUGCUCGUUUCUCAACCGCUUCAGAAUGACAAUUAUUCUACGUGGUCUCGUGCAAUGCUUCUCGCUCUUGAAGUGAAGAACAAACUCGGUUUUGUUGAUGGAUCUAUCAUCACUCCUUCACGCGACGAUAUUCUUUUGUUUAACGCCUGGUCUCGCAGCAACAAGGUCGUAAUUUCAUGGAUUCUGAACGCCGUUUCUAAGGAAAUUCAAUCCAGUAUCCUUUACUCUGACAAUGCCAAAUCAAUUUGGGAUGAUCUCUUCAGUCGCUUUCGUCAAACCAACGGUCCUCGGAUUUUUCAGCUCCGCCGUGAAAUUGCCGGUCUCCGGCAGCACACCAACUCCGUUAACACAUAUUUCACGCGAUUGAAAGCUUUAUGGGAUGAAGUCUCUUCUUUUCGCCCUCGUUGCACAUGUGGUGCAUGCACUUGCGGUGGUGUUGCUCGGCUGGACGAUUAUUAUGCGCUUGAAUACACUAUGACAUUCCUCAUGGGUUUACAUGACUCGCUUCAAUCUUCUCGUGUCAAAUUCUCCUCAUGGAUCCGCUUCCCCCUAUUGGCCGAGUUUUCUCCCUCGUUCACCAAGAAGAACGUCAUCGUUGCAUCACUAAUUUGA